AUGAGCUCUUCGGCAGGCAAAGUUACUAAAGUGAUUGUGACAUCACCACACAUUUAUAAACCAGUAGGACCUUACAGUCAAGCAAUUUUAGUAGACAAAACUCUGUACAUAUCAGGAGUCUUAGGAUUAGACACAUCGGCAAAAUUAGUAAAUGGGGGAGCAGAAGGGCAAACUAGACAGGCAUUGAACAACCUAAAACAUGUCCUUGAAGCUGGUGGAUCCUCAUUGGAAGCAGUAGUCAAAACAACCAUUCUGCUAGGAAACAUAGAUGAUUUUAAAACUGUCAAUGAAAUUUAUGGAGAAUUUUUUGUAAAAGAUUGUCCAGCUCGUGCUACAUUUCAAGUGGGAAAGCUGCCACUAGGUGCAGCUGUGGAGAUAGAUGCUAUAGCCCUCAGUGGAAACCUCACGAUUGCAGAAGCAGGCCCAUGCCCUUGCGCCAAAGAUUAA